AUGUCGGGUGGGCCAAGUCGAAGCAGCAUCUACAUCUCCAGUCUCUACUUCACGAUGAGCAGUCUAACCUCCGUCGGCUUUGGCAACGUCUCACCCAAUACGAGCAAUGAAAAGAUCUUCUCCAUUGUCUCAAUGCUGGUGGGCGCUCUCAUGCACGCAGCGGUGUUUGGGAACGUGACAACAAUCAUCCAGCGAAUGUACACACGACGAUCGGCCUACCAGACAAAGAACCAGGACCUGAAAGACUUCACCAGGGCGCAUCAUCUGCCAAAGCAACUUCGACAGCGAAUGUUGGAAUUCUAUCAAGCCAUGUGGUCCAUCAACCGAGGAAUCGACAAGCAAACUAUAAUGCAGGCCUUUCCCGAGGAGAUGCGUGGAGACAUAGCAUUGCAUAUAAACAGAGAGAUGCUUUCGCUGCCUAUCUUCAAGUCAGCUAGCAUCGGCUGCCAGAAGAGCAUCGCCCAACUCAUUGGUACACGCUUUGCCACACCUGGCGAAUACUUAGUGCAUCGCGGUGAUGCCAUUCGCAACCUCUACUUCGUUUGCAGUGGCUCUCUAGAGAUUCUUGAUGAAGAAGGCUCGGUGGUUGCAUUACUUGGAAAAUGUGACCGUUUCGGUACGGACAUAGACGAGCGACCGUUCAUUGGCCUCUCGGCGUUCGAUGUGAAAGCACUCACGUACUGCGAGUUGCAGUACAUUUUGCUCGAUGCAUCGCUUUUCAACGUCCUCGAUCUCUAUCCCAAUUACUCCAAGGAAUUCUCAGCUGCCUUGCACGAUGAACUCUCCUUCAACAUUAAGGAGGGCUAUGAUCCAUUCGCCAAAGACGAUAUCGAGACUCUAGCAGCGAUAACAAAGCAUUCUCCAUCUCCGCCUCAAAGUCCAUCCACUACACCGCAGUGCUUUUCUGGAACCAAUGCUGACCACAGACUUAGCAACAGCAGUACCAACAGUUUGCAUCGUGCAUUAGAAGAGGGCGAUCUCAGCGCUUCACCAGGUCUUCGAGGCUCUCAGGAGCACCUGCUUGGAAGCGCUCGACAGAGUCGAUGGUACCUUGCCGCCUUGCCAACGGACAGCGAGGCUACGGUGGAUAAACUUGGGGGAGAAAAUUUGUCUACGACAGCGGCGGUAAAAGCUAAUGAGGGUGAAGAGUCCUUGACCUCAAAGGUCAAGAGGAGUCUCUUAUUCUCGUGUCGAGGAGGUCGGGUUAUACGUCAACAUACAAACCUCUCAAUGGACUCGUUUAUGCCGUCAAGUGAGGAGCGGGAGGCGGCUAAAUCCACACGACGUAUCUGCUCCAUUGAACGUGUCAAUGAAGCUCGGAAUUGUUUGUUUGAUAGCUUUUUAACCGAAAAUUCCCAAGCUGAAGUACCACCUCCCACGCCGAAUGGAACCCCUCCCACAUGCGAGCCCACAGCUGAUGCACUAUCAAACAACAAUGGGGAGCAAAAAGAGCUGAAAGUGCUUCUUUUCAAGUUGAUUCACGAUGUUCAGGAAAUGCGAAUCGACCUACAGUCGCUGGCGACUGAAGUAAGCACUCUUCGGCAACAACAGCGGCGAAGGGAACAGUUAGUUCAACCUUUACGGACACCCGCAUCGGAGCCGGAUCUCUCGCCUCAACACAACACACGGAAGGGAAGCAUCAUGAAGAACUCACCAACACCAACGUCAACUCACACAGUGGAUCACUACUCUGGCUCUUCAUCGUCUUCCGAAGGCUUGAGUCAUCACGGGAGUCAAACGGCUACCGCUUCUGCGUCCGCUGUUUCGGCUAACUCUAGAGGCAACGUGUUUUUCUCCUCCGUCUCGCCCCCUUCUCGCUGUGUAAAAUUCAAUUUGCCAGAGAAGCCAAGGAGGAUUCACAAAGAGAGACACUCACACAAGUCGGAGAGGCGGUGGAACACCGGGGAGGUCUCCCUCGAUCCAUGUGACGUUUCCGCUACCGUCUGCACUGCCUCUGCGUCGGAUGAGUGUAGAAAGUAG